AUGGCCUGCCCGAUCACCAUCUCCAAGUUUGUCGGCACCGUGUCGCUGGGCCUCUUGACUGGCCUCUCCUACGCCACGACAAGCAUCACCCUCCCCGCUCUCCAACUGCUGCCCACCUCCAUCACCGCCGCCCGCAGCUUCAAUGAAGUCAAACGGCUCAGUCGCGCACAAGUUCUGCGCCUCUCCAGCCUCGCCAACACCUGUCUCCUCUUCGCGUACUAUGUCUCUCCUCCGCGCCGACAACACCCUUUCAUGAUAUGGAUGUGUCUGGCGUCGACGGUCGGCGCUUUUGGUCUGGAUAUCUUUGCGAACAGACAUCUGGGCUUGAAGGGCUGGGUGUGUAGUACUAUUCGCGAUACUACGUGUUUGUCGCUGGGUGGAGCUGGCCAUGGCCAUAGCAAUGGCAAGAAGGAGGAGGAUCUGGUGGUGGUUGAGUCUGAGGAGGAUGUGAAUGGGGAAAGUGUUCGCGAGGAGAUGAAGAUGGAGCGUUGGCUGCAGCGUGCGAGGACUUGGAUUGUUGGAGUGGGCUUUGCUAUGGGCGUGGUGGGACUUUGGGGGGAUAAGAAGUAG